AUGCCCCGGGGACUCGACAGCAGAGAGGCAGGAAACCUUGAGCCGGGAGCGAAUAGGGACGCUAGGAAACUGGUUUCUGAAAGACAGGCUCACGCAAGAAUGGAUCAACGGCUCUGGUCUACAGCUUCUCUGGGCUUACGGACCGGCCAUCCACAAUACAAUGUCGCGGACUUUGGUGUUGCAUUUCGUUCUGUAUCGAGACAGCUCAUGACUCAAAUCAUUGAACCUCCAACUGAUAUCCUCGACUUAGCAGAGGAAUACUCUGCCUUUUACUCUCUGGAUGAAGGUGAAUCUGGACUAUGGAGCCUGAUCACCUCGUCCUUCGAGUCAGUUUUCGUGGUAUUUGAUGCUGCUAAUGCCUCUGAAGCUGCAUUAAAGGAUAUGCUCGUCUGCCUUGGAGGUAACGAUGUUCAGAAUUCUCGUCUGCACAUUCUUAUAACCAGUCGCUACCCGCCGCCCCGUUCACUUCUGCGAACCUACAAACUGCCUACCAUAGUAACCAGGGCAAGCGACGAUGAUCUCAUGACUUACAUUAUGCACGAAUUAGGAGAUGUAUCAGGCGAGAAACAUUUAUAUCCAAUACCAAAAGACGUUCGUGAGGCUAUGUCCGAUAUAAUUGAAAUGUUGGACGGCAUCUUUCCUCCGCUCCCUCGGUUCGGAGCUAUUUCAGAUACAUUGAAUGAAUUGGCUCAAGUGCUAUCUAACGUACCCUCUUCGGAAAAGUCCAAGGCACUUAGCCAGCUAGCAUUAAGUCAUAUAGAAAAAGCAGAACACGAAAAGAAUCCCAUUCAGGUGCUCCACCUAGUCUCCACACUAGAAGAAAUCGGCUAUAAGCCAACAAUACCCCAGAUUGUGGACUUCCUACGCUUUCUCGGCUUAUAUAAAAACGAGGACAAUGACUACACCACUCACGACGUGGCAAAUAUGUGUGCUCACUUUGUCUCUUUCGGCACAUGCACCCAAGCGAUGCGAAUCCGGUCCCCUCUUCUCCAAAGCCAUUUGUGCGAAGAAGUCUCCAAAAGCAAUACCAAAGGGACAAUGCUCCGUGCCGCCCUAUCCUACCUAUCACAGGAGGACUUCCAAAGGGGAGCCUGCACUUCAUCAGCGAGUUUAAAGAAGCGCUUCCAAACUCACCCUUUCCUCCCAUUCGCUUCACGGAUAAUCUCACUCUAUACCUCUAGAGUACCUCACCAACAGGAAGCCCUCGACGACUUCCUGCGAUUCGCAUCUCACCGCGGCUCCAUCGACUCCUACCUUCAGGCAGCAGAUGCCUGGCUGUAUCAGGAUGACGACAGCUACGACGAGCUUGAAAGCGCUGAACAGCGCUGGGCGUAUUUCCCGCGUGGUUAUGGACCGCUCCAUGUUGCUGCUCAUAUUGUCGGUGGACGUCUCUUUGUCAAGGCUCUACUCCAACAGGGGGGGGAUGUCGAAGCACAAUCAGGGAACGGGCAGACGGCGUUGCAUGUUGCUGCUGGGAUUGAGGAUGAGUCUGAAACGGCGAGGACUCUUCUUGAGUACGGAGCCAGUGUGUCGGCGGUUGAUGAUGAUGGAGAAACGCCGCUGUCUAUUGCUGUUGUUGAAGGAGAUCUAGAGACAGUAAAGUUACUUGUCGAGUUUGGUGCUGAUAUUGGGAGCCUUGAUACAUCUAUACUUGUGGAAUGUGCUGAGGAGAGGAGGGAUGUUGUUGAGUAUUUAACUGGUCUGGGUGUGAACUUUCCGGAUGAAGAUCAAAUGGAUGAGGAUGAUGAGGAGGCCUGA